UCGAUAUUCCGAGUGCCAUCACUUCUGCUGUGUGGGCGUAAUAUUAUUUUGGGUAUAGGGAAGAAGUAAACAUUGUGCAAAAGAAUGGCCCAGGCAAUGCCCAACCAGCCCAAGUUCCUGCCCCGCAUCGAGCGGAACGCCUCGGUCGCUGGCAAGAACUACGUGGCGACCGCCUCCGGCAAUCCUUUCGAGACAGACGAAGAGGAGAUCUUCAGCAGGCACAAGAUGGUGCUGCGUGUGCCCAGCAACUGCACCGGCGACCUGAUCCACCUGGUCGUCUCGCGGAACUGGCUCGUCUGUCUGCUAGGCACAGCGGAGCGGACCACUCUUCUGCGCUUCUUCCUGCCGCGCGCGAUUCCGCCAGGCGAGGUAACCCUAGAGAAGUACCUCUCGGGGUCCGGCUACAAGAUAACUAGGGUUUUCCUUGACCCCACCGGCCACCAUCUCAUCAUCGCGCUGGUCCCAAAGUCCGCUUCGGCCGGCGUUUCGCCGGACUUCCUGUACAUCCACUGCCUUGAGUCGCCACAAGCGCAGCAGCUGAAGGUGAGGCGUAUCGAGAAGUUCAAGGAUCAUGAGAUCACGGCCGUGGCAUUCAAUCCCUACCAUGGCAACGAGUCGACCACUGGCCCCAUCCUGCUCGGCACCAGUCGCGGCCUAAUCUUCGAGACGGAGCUAAGUGCCGCCGCCGAUGGCCACGUCCAACGCAAGCAGCUCUAUGACCUGGGCCUGGGUCGUUCGAAAUACCCCAUUACAGGCCUCAAGUUGCUGCGGGUGCCGAACAGCAGCCGCUACAUAAUCUUGGUCACCAGUCCAGAGUGCAUCUACACAUUCCAGGAGACGCUGAAGGCCGAGGAGCGCUCCCUGCAGCCCAUAUUCGCAGGCUACGUGAGCGGUGUGCAGGAGCCGCACUCCGAGGAGCGGAAGACUGAUCUGACCUACUCGCAGCUGCGCUUAUUUGCGCCGCCCAACAGCAAGUAUCCAAAGCAGUGGGCGUGGCUUUGUGGAGAGGGCAUCCGUGUGGGCGAGUUCUCAAUCGAGGGCAACAGCGCCGCCACCCUGUUAGGGAGCACGCUGAUCAACCUGGAUUUCGACAAGGCCAUGCACCUGUCGUAUGAGGAACGGCGUCUAAACAUUCCCAAGGCGUUCGUGCUGACGGAGUACCACGCCGUGCUGCUGUACGCGGACCACAUACGCGCAAUUUGCCUGCUGAACCAGGAGCAGGUCUACCACGAAUCCUUCGACGAGUCCCGGGUGGGCAAGCCGCUGAACAUCGAAAGGGACGAACUCACUGGCGCCAUAUACGUUUACACCACUAAAACUGUGUUCAACCUCAGGGUUACGCGCGAGGAGCGAAACGUAUGGCGCAUCUACCUAGACAAGGGUCAGUACGAAUUGGCCACGGCGCAUGCAGCUGAAGACCCCGAGCACUUGCAGCUCGUGCUCGGCCAGCGGGCAGACGCCGCCUUCACAGACGGAUCCUACCAGGUGGCGGCUGACUACUACGCGGAGACAGAGAAGUCCUUCGAGGAGGUGUGCUUGAAGUUCAUGGUGCUUCCGGACAAGAGACCCAUCAUCAAUUACGUUAAGAAGCGUCUUAGCCGGCUGACUACCAAGCCAGUAGAUAUGGAGGCUGUGGACCAGGACAAAGCGAACGCCAUCAAGGCUCUGGUAAUCUGGCUCAUCGACCUCUACCUCAUCCAGAUCAACAUGCCCGACCAGAGCGAGGAGUGGCGCAGGGCGUGGCAGACGGAGUACGACGAGUUCAUGAUGGAGGCACCUGUUCUCACCUGCACGCGUCUUAAUCGCAAGGCCGUGCAGCAGCUAAUCGCCGAGCACGCGGAUCCCCACAACAUGGCCCAGUUCGCCAUUGCAAUCGGAGACUAUGAGGAAGUGGUGGGACAGCAGCUUAAGGCUGGGCGUUUUGCCGAGGCACUGCAAACAUUGAACAAUCAGAGGAAUCCAGAACUCUUCUACAAGUACGCGCCCGAACUGAUAGUGAAGCUGCCGAGGCCCACAGUGGACGCCCUAAUUGCCCAGGGCCCUCGACUGGAGGUCGAGAAGCUGGUGUCCACGCUCAUCGUCAUGGAAACUCGAGAGCAGCGGGAGCAGACGCAGCGAUACCUCGAGUUCGCCAUCUACAAGCUCAACACGACGAAUGACGCCAUCCACAACUUCCUUCUGCAUUUGUACGCGGAGCACGAGCCCAAGCUGCUUAUGAAGUACCUCGAGAUCCAGGGCCGUGACGAGAGCCUCGUGCACUACGACAUCCACUACGCCCUGAAGGUGUGCACCGACCUUAACGUGAAGGAAGCCUGCGUGUUUCUGGAGUGCAUGCUGUGCAAAUGGGUCUCCGCGGUGGACCUGGCCCUGAAGUUCGACAUGAAACUAGCCAAGGAGACUGCCUCGAGACCGUCGGACAGCAAGAUGCGCCGCAAGCUCUGGCUUCGUAUUGCAUACCACGACAUAAAGGGAACCAACGACGUUAAAAAGGCGCUGAACCUACUCAAGGAGUGUGACCUUCUGCGCAUCGAGGACCUGCUGCCAUUCUUUUCCGACUUUGAGAAGAUUGACAACUUCAAGGAGGCGAUCUGCGAUGCUUUAAGGGAUUACAAUCAUCGUAUCCAGGAGUUGCAACGCGAAAUGGCUGAGACCCAAGAGCAGUCCGACCGCGUCGGCGCCGAGUUGCAGCAGUUGCGCCAGCACAGCAUCACCAUGAACGCGCAGGACACGUGUGGCAUCUGUGAUAUGAUGCUAUUGUUGAAGCCCUUCUUCGUCUUCAUUUGCGGCCAUAAGUUCCACAGCGACUGCUUGGAGAAGCAAGUCGUUCCGAUGCUUACCAAGGAGCAGGGUCGGCGCCUUACCACUUUGAAGCAGCAGCUGGAGGCGCAGACGCAGCCGCAGCCAAGCACAUUGGGCAAACAGCAGGCGAUGGAGAUACAACGGAAUCGAGCGGCACUAAAGACCGAGAUCGAGGACAUCCUGGCGGCAGACUGCCUGUUCUGCUGCCUCCUAAUCGACACCAUCGACCAGCCGUUCGUCGACGACUGGGAGCAGGUCAAUGUCGAGUGGGAGUAGUUUGCUUUCGCACUCGCUAUUGGACGACCCAAAUGUUUAUGUACAUAUAGAGUAUUUAUUAAUAAACCUACACAGAUCACAAA